GCGUCUCCUGCAGCUUCACGAUGUGUGUGUCGAGGUGUCUGCGGUGUGUCGGCGUGUCUCUGGUUCCCAUGGCGAUCGUCUGCAUGCUGGCCAACGUCCUGCUGCUGUUUCCUGACCUGAAGGUCCACUUCCUGUUGGAGGGUCAUGUGACCAGAGAGGCCUCCUGGGCGACCGGCGUCUGGGGCUCCGGCAUCAUGGUUUUACUGGGAGCUCGAGGGUUUAUCCAGAGCAGCAAGGAGAGAGGCUGCUGCGCCUUCAGGAGUCAGAUGUUGUGCCAGGUGCUGCUGUCCUGUGUGUGCCUGCUCGCUGCUGCCGCCUGCUGUCUGGUCAGCGCCACAGGUCUUUCUCAGGGUCCUCUGUGUCUCUACAACUCGUCCUCUGGUCCGACCUGGGGGGUUCCGCUGCAGCCCCUCCCAGACCGACACUCUGGGUACCUGUACAACCGGACCCUGUGGUCGGGGGUGUGUCUGGAGCCCAGUUCUGUGGUCCAGUGGAAUGUGGUUCUGUUCAGUGUGAUGGGGGGAACCAGCGCACUGCAGACGCUCCUCUGUGGAUUCAACAUCCUGAACGCUCUGCUGGGUCUGAUCCUGGGUCGGGGCUUCUGCCACAACAAGGUCAGUCCGGUGUCGGUUUGAAGCUCCUUUGUGGAUCCAGAGGAAACCAGUCGUUCAAAAGAAGUCUUUUAUUUGCACUAAAGCACUUUAGCUGAUCAAUAAUGUUGCGAUUAAUAAUAAAUGCCCUGACUGUACACAUGCAGAGUGUAGAAAUGUGAAUAUUGAUCGUGUUUGGAUGUGACGUUCCGUCCCACAGACGGUGUUGAGCAGCGAGUCUGCUUCUCUCCGGACCUCCAGCGUCCUGCUGGAGGCUCCUUAUUUAACAAAUGCUUCAUAUUUAACGUGUCACAGUUAAACUCUAAAUGCUCUCUGUCAGUUUUUGUAAAUAAAUAAAAGCCUAAAAUGGCUCCAACAGA